AUGGCUGUGGAGUGUAGCACCCCGUCUACACUGUCGGGCCUUGAUCGAGAUAGUGUUCAUCGCUAUUCUCCCCUCGUUGAAAUCAAGGAUCAAAGUGCGCCACAGAAAUGGUUUGAAGGGUAUUUAGGAGACGUAGACGUGGCUAGGAAAAUGAUCACAGUUGCUUUCCAAGAUGACAUAUGGGCUCCAAAGACAGUGCCAAUGUCAGAGGCACGAUUAGUGCCUCCCUUGACCAGCAAGGCGCUCAGCAAUGCAUAUGACUACAGGCCUGAGGUGGGGGAUACAGUCGAGGUUCGAUCCCCGGCUACGGCACAUGCUCCCGCUAGUUGGUGGAGUGGCGAGAUCGUCAGCAUUCGAGCUGAUGAAUUUUUCUAUGUCAAAAACACCGACUUACAUGAGCCUAUUAUCGUGGAGCGAGGGAACCUUCGUCGGCCCGUCGGGCAUCAUAUGGACGGAAGUGACUCUGGUCCUACGAACUUGACGGACUUAAGUUCAGAGACUGUCCAGGUCCCGAGGGUCCUCGCCGAUUGGAUAAUGAGUGAUGAUGGUCAAGGCUGCCUCAAUCAAGUAGCGAUCAAGUCCGGCCUUCUUAAGGUAACGCCUCGAGCCGAUCCAAAGAGUGGUCCUUCGGUUACUCUAGUGGGAAGUCAGCGUGACCUUCACCGCGCUAAGCUACUACUCGAUGUUCACGUGAAGCACCAGAAGGACAUCCAGAGCUUCCACGAGAAGCGGCAAGCGAUGCUCGACGCACUGUCAUCUCGUCGUGAGAAGUUGGAAAGCCAGGAGUCGACUACUUUCAAUAUCGAUGCAGAUUUGGUCGGCGUUAUGAUUGGCAAGAACGGGGCUCACAUCAGUCGGGUUAUCAAAGACUAUGGCGUGGAGGUGAAUGUAGCUGACAAGGGCACUGCUAGAGAUCCUCAAUCGAGGAGGGUGGUCAUAUACGGUCCAUCAGUAGAAGCUGUUAAUAAGGCUAGAGCCGAACUCGAGUACCUCGUUGAGAGGUAUCCGAUACCACAAGACUGCAUUGGUUGGGUUAUUGGCCGUCGGUUUGCAACUCUGCAUGAGAUCGCAGACUCUGCUAACCUAAACUAUGCAAGGCUGGAAGACACAUCGCAUUCUCCCUGUCUAGUCCUCUGUGGGAGGAGACAGGAUCUGGAUGACGCCAAGUUGUUGCUUGACAGUCAUCUACAGUAUCACGACGUGUUUGAAGAUAUGGCUAAGGAGUCUAGAGAGCUCGGUGACGAGUUUUAUCGGCUAAAUGAUGUACCCGAUUAUCAGCGAAGAGGAAAGGGCAAAGGUAAAGGUAAAGGGAAAGGCAAGGGUGGUGGUGGUAAAGGGCGAAGUAGAGGAAGUGGAUCCUCUGAUUCUACGAACUCAGCGGGUGCCGGCUGGCCCGACCGACGGAAAGGGUCGGUUGGUCAGCGAAAUACUGCUUCUAGUGCUAAGAAGUGGGUCCAAGUGAAGAAGGACAUAGCGGCACCAUCGGUUGCUAGCUGA